GUGUAGAGGCGGAGUGAGACACGGUUAAACCCUUAAAGGGCUUUCUUUGCUGCUAACUUACUAACAAAACGAUUGCUGCCGUGCAAUUGACGUAGCUUGACGUUAGCAUGCUGACUUCAGCCACUAACAUUACGUUUAUCACAUAAAUUCAACUGGAUGCUGACAGUCACUUGGGUGGGGCCGACGCGGAUGACAGUACACGGGAGCAGAGCCCUGGGAUAAACCACACCGCUCAGGAUCAGGGGUUAGGAAAGGUGGGGAGGGGGGAGGGGGGGGGCGGAUUGUCGGUAAAGCCAUGACCAAGUCCGAGUCGAAGAAAAGCAGCGUGGCCGCAAUCAAGUACGCCACAGCCGCAGCCGCAUCCGCCGCCGAGCAGGUCAAGAACGGAUCCGUCGAGUCGGGCAGUCCGGAUCACAGCAGUCAGACGAAAGCCAGUGUGAUGAAGCAGACCUCCAGGGAGAGCCUACACUGGAAAAACUCGGAGAGCGAAGUGUUUGAUGACGGGACCAACACCUUUUUCUGGCGAGCCCAUACUGUGACAGUGCUGUUUAUCCUGACCUGUGCUUUGGUCUACGUCACGCUGCUGGAAGAGACUCCGCAGGACACGGCCUUCAACACCAAGAGAGGGAUUGUGGCAAGCAUCCUGGUGUUCCUCUGUUUUGGAGUUACUCAAGCCAAAGAUGGACCCUUCACCAGACCACAUCCAGCGUACUGGAGAUUCUGGCUGUGUGUCACCGUCGUCUACGAGCUGUUCCUGAUAUUUAUUCUCUUCCAGACUGUGCAUGAUGGCCGACAGUUCAUGAAGUACAUUGACCCAAAGCUUGGCGUUGCCCUCCCUGAGCGCGACUAUGGAGGAAACUGCCUCAUGUACGACCCGGGAAACACCACCGACCCCUUCCACAACAUCUGGGACAAGAUGGAUGGCUUUGUUCCAGCUCACUUCCUGGGAUGGUAUAUCAAGACUCUGAUGAUUCGCGAUUGGUGGAUGUGUAUGAUAAUCAGUGUCAUGUUUGAGUUCCUGGAAUACAGCCUGGAGCACCAGUUACCUAACUUCUCUGAGUGCUGGUGGGACCAUUGGAUCAUGGAUGUGUUGGUGUGUAAUGGUCUGGGGAUCUACUGCGGCAUGAAGACCCUGGCCUGGUUGUCGAUGAAGCCCUACCAGUGGCAGGGCCUGUGGAACAUUCCUACAUACAAGGGGAAGAUAAAGCGUAUUGCAUUCCAGUUCACACCGUACAGUUGGGUGAAGUUUGAGUGGAAACCUGCGUCAAACCUUCGCCGCUGGCUUGCUGUGUUAGGCAUCAUCUUUAUGUUCCUCCUGGCAGAGCUGAACACCUUCUACCUGAAGUUUGUGUUGUGGAUGCCUCCUGAACAUUACCUGGUGCUGCUCCGUCUCGUCUUCUUUGUCAACGUGGGAGGUGUGGCCAUGCGGGAAAUCUACGACUUCAUGGACGACCCGAAGUUCCACAAGAAGCUGGGGCAGCAGGCGUGGCUGGUGGCGGCCAUCACCGUGACGGAGUUCCUCAUCGUGGUCAAGUAUGACCCCAACACCAUCAUGCUGCCCAUCCCCUUCUCCGUCACGCAGUGCUGGUUUUUAGGAAUUAUUCUAAUCUUCACCUGGACCCUGUGGAGGUUCUUCAUCCGUGACAUCACACUGCGUUACAAAGAGACCCGCCGACGCAAACAGGAAGUCCCCACAGACCGAGAGCGUCCUCUUGGCAAUGGCAGCACAUCCACCCCAUCUGGGCGGAGCAAACUGAACGGCAGCUCAGAGACAGUCCGUCAAAGGAAAUCCUGAAGGUCAGCCGCAGCCGUCCGAUCUGCUGCAGCUGAAGGGUGAGAGAAAGAGGUUUUGAGAAGACUGAAAGAAGCACAUUUAGAGGCAAACAGAUGGACACAUGUACGUGCUGUGUAGACUUUUAUUGUGCCUACAUGAAACCAAGUAAUCAUUCAACAGAGAGGAGGGGUAGAAGGGGCAGUUUUCAUUCAGUGCAUUGUAUAGUUAUUGUCUUACUACAGGGAUUUACCUCAUUCUAUUUUUUAUGAAAAUAUUCGGGGAAUUAUACACAGGAGUAAGUACAUUGUUUGUGUUAUUUAUAUGUUAGUUUGGUUGCCGGGUGACAAGGGAAGAAAAAGCUGAAUCAAAGAUAUGUAAAAAAAAAUAAAGAGGCUCAUUAAGGUGAGCGUGGGAGCGGAGACUCUUGACCAAUCAUUUUUUUCAGCAAUUACAAUUUUCCAAGCUGCACUUGUCUUAAAAAACACAAAAACAAGAGAAGACGUCAGAAACAUGUCAGCCACUGUAAAUAGGCUUCCUUGUGUGUUGUGCAGUACAGGUGAGAGAGCAGAGUAUUUGGAGCAGUGAGGGAUUUUCAGAGGUCACUUAUGUUCUGUAUGAACCAGGGAUUUUGGUCACACUAUUGCCAUGCAGAAGAUAAAGUAGAACUCAGUUAAUGACACAUUUCUUUUCUUUCUUUUUUUUGUUUGGUUCAAAAUAAACUUCUUUUUUUUCUAUUGAUUUCUAUGCAUUGUUGACAGUUCAUAGCACUCUUGUCUUAGCCUUGGUUCAAAGAUCAUGAUGCAUUGUUAGUACGUGUGGGAGACAGCGUCAGCUUUUGAUUUACAGUUCAGGUUUCCUUGCCGCACUGAGUGCAGAGGUCCUGCUGAGGAUCCUCCUUCAGUCUGACACAGAUGAAGAACUGCCCCAUAGCCUUGAUCUCCUUUGUCCCUGAAAUGAGCGACAACUUUGUGUAGAAAAAAAAUCAAAUUAAAAAAAGCUCAAGAUGUACCAUACUCGCUGAUAUUAUACAUGAUAUAUGGGAUAAAGUUUGGGUGUUUUGUUUUUUUUGUAGAUGUUUUAUUAUUUCUCUAGGUUGAAUGGAUCGAUUAUAAACACUAGAUAGUACUUCAGUUCCUUUUUGUAAAAAUAAGGUGCUGAGCAGCACUCUAAUGAACACUUCCAUGACAAUCACACUGACAGGAAGCUGUGCUCCUAUAGGUCAAGACAUUUUGGCUCACAUACAGCAGAUAAUCCUCCGUUUCAGCCCGGCUGUAAAAUAAUGCUGGGCUCGACUGACGGCUGAGCAGAGCUCGAAUUAAAAGUGUGAUUCUGUUUUAUGCCAAACAUUUUUAUUGAACACUUACAUUUUAAUUGAUCAGAUGUUCUGCAGUGGCUGAAAUUAAAGUAUAAAAAAAAAUGAAGCUGCUUUUUCAGAUGGAGGGAAAUGAAGGUUUAGGUUUGUGCUCGCCUCAGUUUUGGGAAGAGAAGUCACUUUUUCCAGCUCUGUGGGGGUCGCCAUAUUGCACAUGCAACAAAGCCAAAGCUUAGAUUUCAUUCUUGCUAAAGCCAUAAAUGCCAGCCAGACUCACCUGAGCUUUCAACCCGCUGCUAAACCUCAUUUAGGACUCUUUUCAAUUACAACAAAGUCCCAAAGCCACCGGGACCCUCCACGUCAGCAUCCAGGUUUUUUUAAAUGACACAACAGGGAUUUACACCUUCACACCAUCUUUUCUCCAGCACCUUCUUUAUUCCUGCUUCUUGAAUGUCUCUCCGUCUGUAAAUGGAGUCAUCUCAGUGAAUUGUAUUUCCUUAAGAGUUAAAAUGUUAAAUGUAAAGCCGGAAAGUUAUUAAACUAUUGAAAUGAAUAAUUGAUAGGUUCAGUGAUUUUUUUUUAUUUUUUUUAAACCCCGCCCCCUGCCUCGCCCCCCAAAUAUUGUCCUUAUACACUUUUUAGAAUGUGCUGACUCUCCUUAUCUUGUAUGAUGACUAAAUGUCUUUCACUUUUGAAUUGUGGCUUUAAAACACCAAAUUUGGAUUCGACCAAAUUAAAGAAAUUGUAACUCUGACCCCAUUUUUCACUUUUUUCUUUUUUUAGAAUAAAGGUUGAUCAAUGAGUCUGUAAACUAUCAGUAUAUUAUUGAUAAUGUAAGUAAUAGUUAAAUGUUAUGAACUUUCAUUAUGAUACGAAUAUAAGCUUGAACAAAAAACAUGCAGAGUUAAACCCUUGAUUUGUGUGUCAGUCUGCUGAAACAUUCACUCAAAACCAUUCAGUCUUUGUAUCAGAGAAUCAGUUGUGCAUUUUGUGUGUUACUCAUUGCGUGUCAUUGCGUGACGAGACACAAUCUGUGCAUCGUGCUGCAAAAUGUCCGGUUUUAAACUAGGCUGUUCAUACUUUAAUGACCAUGUUGUGAAUCUCUCCUGAAUGUAAAUCCAGCACAAUCUGCUGUCCAAAUGAGUCAUCAUACAUCAGCUUAUUUGGUGGAAAAAACAAACGCUAAAGUGUUGUUUAUCAUUUAUGCAAAGGCUAAUUCAUAUGUUCAAGCAGCCUUCAGAUGUUGUCUUUUCUGCAUACAGUCACAGCUGUGAAAGUUAACCUAAAAUCCAUGUUUAGUUCAGAAGUGUGUACUAGUUUGUGAACCUGGUAGGAGUUGAGGCAUUUUGUUUAUUCCCUCCCCUACACACAUUUCACACAUGUGCUGAGGAUUAACUGGGUACCAGUCUAUGCCUUGCAUUUGUUGAGAUGCUUUCGUUGGAAAUAACAGAAGACUGAAACCCAACCCGAGUCAUGACUUUGCACAUCAGCUCUGGAAUCACAAAAGAAUCCAGAAACCUGGCUAAUGAAUGAGAUGUUAGGAACUGGUCCCCCUCCACUUAAAAGACCUUUUUCCUUUGGCGUGUUUGAGGGUUCAGUGUAGUUUCACCUGCAGCCACAUGGGGGCAGUGAUUGUCCUUGACUGAUCAUUCGCAAACUUGCUGUAAAAGCCAUUUUCAACAUCGUUUGUGUAAAUGUAAAUAUGUUCAAGAUCAUGCAAACUGAAACAUGCUGCUGCAUCACAUAAUUUUAUAAUGUUUUCAAUAAAAUCGACCAGAAAACAUGAAA